GAACUUGAUGGUGGGGUUUCGUUUAGGGCAAAGACAAGUUUCAUCGAGUACAAAUUGAAUGAUACUUCAUCAUUCCUUGGAGCGUAUUUGAGACUUGAGUUCUCGUCCACCAAAUGCAAUGGAGAUUUACUGCUUAUAACAAGUAGAGAUACCGACGAUUUGUAUCGAAUUUCUUUCCACGAACAAAAUAAAGCAACUUUUUACUACAGAAUUAACGGUGAAGAAUUUGAAGUACCAGUGAGUUUGCCUGGAAAUCUAACCUUCUGUGAUGGGCGACGUCACUCGGUGGAGUUCAACAGGUAUUCCAAAACGAAGACUGUGACCUCAAACGCUGACGAUGGGCAGCAAAAGAAUACUAGAGAAGAUCGUCCGGGAAUGACACGAAUUGGUUUUAGCAAACCAGAUAAAAUUGAGCUUGGUGGACUAUCAGGGAAUAAGUUCGACGGAUGUAUCUAUAAUGCAAUUGUCCUGUUCUACUCGUCAAAUAUCUUUACAAAUAUCAGCGUGAAUGUAAUAGAGCGAUACACUAAGGAAGAUCCUAACGUUCGUUCUGCCUAUGUGUUCCUUGGGGCUUGCUCUGGCACCGAACAUGAAGGUAAGAUUCAGUCAUCAGAAGCUGUCUCUUUCGAAACCUACUUUCAGCCGGAAAGUUAGGGAGAUAAUUGAAGUAACAGGAUAUAGAACUUGGGUUCACACAAGGGAGCUAAGCGAGGCAUAUUUUCAGUUAUAUGAUUACCAAAAAAAUCAGUGUUCUAUCCACGUAUUCAAAGAAAAUAGGUUAUUUUUGCCUGGUUCACGAGUAUGACUAGUACUAAAUGUAUUUAAAACCAGAAAAUUAACGCUAACGACGUUUCUCAAAAUGUUUAGCUACUUUUGUGACAUAUUAUUUUAGUCAAUUAUAAUCCGUGAAAAAAGUGCUUUUCAAUUUCUUCCGCACUGACCUCGUCUAGCCCUUUGGGGGCUAGACGAGUGUCCGAACGAAGGCCUCGUUUCGGCAUCCGGCCAGUUUGUGGAUGAUGUGGAUGAUGUGGAUCGUCUCUAAAACGCCCCUAAAAUAACCAUUUCUUCUCACUAUGGUUGUGUUCAAUGAGAAACAGCUGUAAACUACACAUCUAGCUGUUAGUAUAAACUUGAAUCAGUUCAACUAGCAACUUCUAAAGAAUCCACUGAGCUUGGUCUUGCGUGCCCCGCUAUUCUUUGAUUUAAGAAGUGCUCGGUACAGUCUUUGGCGACGAUAUAAAAAAUUAUACUACUUAUUCGUACUGCCCUUACAGUUGAAUUCUUGUUACACCAUAUUUUAUAAUACUAUUACCACACAGAUGAAUGUACAAGUUCUAGCAGUAACAAUCCCAUGAAAGCAGAACGCGGUGUAAUAACAAGCCCGAGGGUCAUGGAAGCAGCACAAAUCACUCGCUGCAUAUGGUCUGUUACUACGUUGCCGAAACGUCGAUUCAAACUAACGUUUUUGCAUUACAAUGUCAGUGGAUCUUUUUCUUGCUCCGAGAGUCACGUCAUACUCUAUGAUGGAACUGAAUUGACCCCGUCGAAUAUUCUUGGAAGAUUCUGUUUUCCUGCAUCAAAUAAAGUAAUUUACACCCGUGGGAAUAAGAUGGUAUUGGACAUGAUUCUUCCUAAACGUCACUACCUUGACUUCGUUGCUGUGUAUGAAUCCGUUGGACUCCAUGAAGGUAAGCUUUGUUUAGGUACGGACCAUUAGAAAAGUUAUGGGGGUGGGGGUGAGGAAUUUUCGAGCCGCGGGAAUGUUUUUUCGUUAUCAAAUUCUUUUUUGAAUUUCUUUUAGGCCGUAGCAUGAACAUUUUGUAGGGUUAAUUGGCGUGCAUGAAUUUUCUUUUCAUUUAAUUUUCCCUUGCGCGAAUAUUUUUUUGUACCUCGUCUUCAAGGCUCGUGGGCUUUUUUCCUUUUUUUUUUUUAUUUCUAUUUCAUUAAUUUUUAAAAGAGAAACAUUUUUAAUCGAAAAACUAGGAUAAGCUGUAAAUAUCAAUGAAUAUACCUCUGCUGAAGACCAUUAUGUCGUUCAACUGAUAAAGUGAGUAUUAAAUAAAAUUUAAGUUGAAGUGACUGCUUGGCCCGACAACUGAUCUUGAAUUAUUUCUUUUUGUCAAAAUUUUAUUUAUUUCUUUGGUGUCUUUCCUGUUUGUUGUUGUUGUUGUUUCAUGUAUGUUAAUCCGUUGGCGUAUACAGCUCGAACCCUCUUUUAUCAAAACGUGGCCUGAUACACAACUAAUUCAUAUGAAAAUCAAAUUAAUUUGCGUUUGAAAGACAAAUGCCGCAUUUCCGUAUGAAUGAGUGAUCACCAGAACUUAUUUUGACAUAGAAGGUAAAUUUAAGUAAUUCGGAAACGACCCAUUAAACUCUCAUAACUUGUGACCUCAAGCUGCCAUAAUCGUGUGACAAACUGACGUUGGGUUAAUUUUUUUCCGUUAUGUUAAGUGGGGAAACCCUCAGGCCAAAACCAAUUACAACUGAAUUAUACAUGCCUAGUUUUAGGGCGAAGAAAAACAAAGAAUGGUCAAUACCACUCCCUUUCGCUAAGGAUAGAUUAAAAUCAACUAACUCAAAGUUUCCUGAUACUUACCCACCAUCGAUCCUGUAUUAAGAAGGACGAGUGAUUUGCUGAGCCAAAUGAUCGGUUAUUCCCGAGUACGUUGGCUUGUUGCUUGGCUAUGCGAGCUUGUUUAACUGGUGAUUUACGUUUACAGGCCCUUGUCCGAUUAACAGAACCCUAAAAGGAAUGUCAGGAUCAUUGAUGAGUCCUAACUUUCCAAAUAACUACGAAUCUGAACAGGAAUGCUCAUGGAUCAUAUCGGUUCCACAAGGUUAUCACGUGCGUCUGUUCUUUGACCACGCUGCUGAAUUUCACAUCCAUUCGUGCACUAAUAAGACUUGUGACUGCGACUUCCUUGAGGUUCGCCAGGGACGAAGCUCUGAAGGAAAGCUCCUUGGCACAUACUGUGGGAGUACAAAACCCUCUCCUAUAUAUGCUAGCGGAAGCGAUGUUUGGCUACGAUUUGUGACUGACAAGAAUUCAAACCACAAUGGAUUUAACGUAACAUUUGAAGCUAUUAACAGUCUUGCAGGUAUGAGGUCAUGAAGACUCUGAGUCGAAUCCCUGUCUGUUCUCUAAAUAUCUAGUAUGAAAAAAUCUCUUUCCUCCGUUUAAAAAAGCUCACGCUGGCGGCUUCGUUACGUGAUUUACAUCCUUUGGAAAAAAAGGAAAGAAAAGAUAUAGAACCUUAAUCACGCGCAAGCUAUAAUCUUCUCAGUUGCAUGUUUUAGAGCAGCUAUUUGCUUUUUCCCUCAGAUGGCUGUCCGUGGAAUAAAACUCUUACAGGACACCGGGGAUACAUCACCAGCCCCCUUUUUGCACAAGACUAUCCCGGCAACAUAGAUUGCAUCUGGAGAAUCCAUGUCACUGGGAACUACAGAGUGGCAUUUGUGUUCUUGAGGCAAAUCAACCUCGACCCAAACUGCACUGAUGUCUUAGAAAUUAGAGAUGGACUGGACGCCAUCAGUCCACUGCUAAGACGUUACUGCUCUUCUGAGCCCACUCCUCAAACCAUAUUUUCUAGCGGUAGAGAGAUGUACGUGCGUUUUAAGUCUGACGGAUAUAAUCGUCGAGAUGUUUUUAGAGAUGAAUCAGUGGCGCCAGGAUUUCAUGCUACCUACUUUGUCACACGCGUCAAGUCAGGUAGUGUAUCAGCAACACCUGUUCAAAAGCUAUUAUAUAGAUUUGGCCAGGACUAA